UUCUUUCUUUUGUAACUCCUAGGUAUAAAUGAAGCUCCGAUGAUGGAUGCCAUGGUCAGUGCUUAUUGUACCGCAAAAUGUUUAAAGUCUUACUGUUUAUAUGUAUUGGAUAUGCUGCAUCAAAACCAUUUGAGGAAGACACAAGAAUAGUAGGCGGGGAGGAUGUGGACAUAAAGGAAGUUCCUUACCAAGUAUCGGUGCUGAAACAUGGAAGGCAUUCAUGUGGCGGUGCUAUUAUUGACAUUGAUCUCAUACUGACCGCGGCUCAUUGUGUUAUUGGGAGCUCACCAAGGAACCUUCAAGUUCGCGCAGGUUCCUCAUCCAGCCAAACAGGUGGUGAAGUGUACCAAGUUGGUGACUUCGCAUGGAACCCCGACUUUACCUAUAGCAAAAUGGACAGUGACGUUGCGGUACUAUGGCUGACCAAACCCUUGGAGCUUAGUGACAGUAUUGCUCCUAUACCUUUGAUUGACGCUGGGGAGGAGAUCAAUGACGGUGAUUUGACAGUAGUAUCUGGCUGGGGUAAUACCAGGGAAAAUGGCGGUAUGCCGAAGACGCUACAACAAGCAGUAGUCCCUAAAGUCAACGAAGAAGCAUGCAGCAAAGCAUACGCGCCUUUGUACACUAUUACACCCACGAUGCUAUGUGCUGGCAUGCCUGGUGGAGGAAAAGAUGCUUGCCAGGGAGACAGCGGUGGUCCUCUGGUCAGCAACGGAAAGCUCGCGGGAAUUGUUUCAUGGGGCUUGGGCUGCGCUAGACCCCAUUACCCUGGCGUUUACGCCAAGAUAUCAGCUUUGAGGGAAUGGAUUGACGAUCAAGCGCUUAACUUAAGACUAGCACACCUCCUAAGAAUGUGAUGAAAAAUACCUAAAACGUGGAAUAGGUAUAAUUCUUUUUUUGUAUCUGUUUGAAUAAAAAUACCUGCGAUU